GACGUCAUUGGAUGACAGCUAGCUGUCAGAAAGUGAGUUCAUUCCACGGACUCAAGAAGACGGUACGCCGUCGAUAGCUUUUUUUUUUUAGCCUUUCCUUGCAUUUAUCGACAAGAAACAGUGAGACAAGAGGACAAUUCGUUUCCACCGAGCCCGGCCAUGGACGAACAGGCGGGUCCCGGCGUGUUCUUCAACAAUAAUAACAACUCCGUGUUACCCGGCGCUGGUAAAGGACCACUGCCUGAUGGCGACGUAGGGGAGGCGGCUCGGGCGCAGUACAGUAUCCCGGGGAUCUUACACUUCCUGCAGCACGAAUGGGCCCGAUUCGAAGUGGAGCGAGCACAAUGGGAUGUGGAGCGUGCCGAAUUACAGGCUCAAAUCGCUUUCCUACAGGGGGAGAGGAAGGGCCAGGAGAAUUUGAAGAAAGACCUUGUGAGGAGGAUCAAAAUGUUGGAGUAUGCGCUAAAGCAAGAGAGAGCGAAGUACCAUAAAUUGAAAUAUGGGACCGAAUUAAAUCAAGGUGACAUAAAACCGCCAAGCUACGAUUCUGACGAGACAAAUGAGAAUGAGACUUCUGGUUCGUUGAACAAUCAGCUGUCCUGGAAACAAGGCCGUCAGCUCCUCAGACAGUACCUCCAGGAAGUGGGCUACACAGACACUAUCUUAGAUGUAAAGUCACAGCGUGUCCGAGCGUUGUUAGGAUUAGCCGGUGAUGGUAAUGGGAAGACUGGUGAGCGUGUGGGUACAGAGCCGUUGGUCAAUGGGACGGACACAUCGACUAAGGGCAUUGGCACCAGAGGGAAAACUGAGCUCUCGGACACGAGCGCAGUAUUGGAGGCCUUCAAGUUCAUUGAGAAUGCGGCAGCUGAGUUCAGUGACGAGGAUGAAGAUGAAGAUAGUGAGGGAAGGGACAGGCCUAAUGUAGAGUCCAGGACGAUCAUUCGGAAGAAGCCAUCAUCGUCAACGCCGCCAGCUAGCAUGGACACUAGUGAGGACCCGGACACCGAAGAUGCCCUGAAGGGCUUCGACUUCUUGUUGAGUCCUGACGAGAUGGACAUCUCUCCUGAGUGCAGAGGCACAGGCGACGGCACUGACUGGGACAUGGACGAGCAAGGUCCCACAUCUGAGGCCUGGGACAUGGACCCGGUUCUGAUAACCAAACUCAAGGAGCGGUACAGAAAGGAACGCAGGGGGAAAAAGGGGGUGAAGAGACCUAACCGGUCCAAGCUGCAGGACAUGCUGGCUAACCUUAGAGAUGCAGAUGACGUGUCCCACAUGCAGCCUCCCUCCACCACCCAAUCACGGCCCAAUGUGGUGCGCUUUAACGAGCACGAUGGGGGCCGAACUGAUGAAGUUGAGGCGCUCACCUUCCCGCCCACCUCAGGGAAGUCGUUCAUUAUGGGCUCAGACGAGGCCAUGGAGAGUGAGCUGGGCCUGGGUGAGCUGGCUGGGCUCACUGUAGCCAACGAGGCUGAUAGCCUGGCGUACGAUAUUGGCAACAAUAAGGACGCCAUGAGAAAAACAUGGAAUCCUAAAUUUACUCUCCGGAGCCAUUUUGACGGGAUUCGUGCCCUCACCUUCCACCCUGUUGAGCCUGUCCUGAUCACUGCCUCGGAGGAUCAUACGCUCAAGAUGUGGAACCUUCAGAAGACAACUCCAGCCAAAAAGAGUACGUCUUUAGAUGUGGAGCCGAUCUACACGUUCAGGGCCCACAGGGGGGCAGUACUAAGUGUGGUCAUGAGCAGCAGCGGGGAGCAGUGUUUCAGUGGAGGGGUGGAUGGAAGCAUCCAAUGUUGGAACAUGCCCAAUCCCAACAUUGACCCCUAUGACUCCUAUGAUUCAUCAGUGCUGCGUGGGGAGCUGUGUGGACACACAGAUUCUGUUUGGGGCUUGGUGUACAGCAGCGCACACCAGCGCCUCCUGUCCUGCUCAGCUGACGGUACUGUGAGACUGUGGGACGCCAACAGCACUUCUCCCGCCCUCGCAGUGUUCAAUGAAAAUAAAAAGCUGGGAGUUCCCUCAUCUGUGGAUCUGGUGUGCAGUGAACCAGCUCACCUGGUCACGUCCUUCACUAGCGGCGAGAUCGGUCUGUUCAACAUGGAGACCCGCCAGCAGGUCCUCAGUCUGGAGUCCAAUGGAGAGCAAGGUCCUCCCAGUCACAUCAACAAGAUCCUCAGCCAUCCCACACUCCCCGUCACCAUCACCGCACAGGAGGACCGACACAUCAAGUUCUUUGACAAUAACACUGGCAAACUCAUCCACUCCAUGGUGGCCCACCUGGAUGCAGUCACCAGCUUAGCUGUGGACCCAAAUGGACUCUAUCUCAUGUCGGGCAGUCACGACUGCUCCAUCCGCCUGUGGAACCUGGAGAGUAAAACCUGCAUUCAGGAGUUCACGGCUCACAGAAAGAAGUUUGAGGAGUCCAUUCACGAUGUGGCUUUUCAUCCCUCGAAAUGCUACAUCGCCAGCGCCGGGGCGGACGCUCUCGCCAAGGUGUUCGUAUGACGCAGCGCGGCGUCUCUCCCCGUAGCCCCCUCCCCCGACUCAGCCUCCCGCGAUCAGGGACCAAUGGAGGCCCAGGAGGGGAAAAGACCUCCAGGCACGGGUCCAAUCCCACCCCACACCGCCCUCUGGUUUCCUGUCAGACUAUGUAGCUGCAAACAGGGCGGGGCCGACCGGGUGAAGGUGGCGCCGGGAGGCCAGACCCCAGGAGAACUGUCCUCCUCCUGCCCCCCCGUCGAGCAUCCAGGCAGGCCUGGGUGUGAGCGCUCACGGCGCCCUGCAGCAACUACAGACUUCACCUCCACAGCCAGGAGACUCAGGACAAGCGCGAAAGAAGGCGUGUGGAGUGCAAAAAACAAGGUUUCAAGCCGGGCUUCUGCUCCCCAUCUUCAGCCCACACCCCUCAGGCCUUCCCCCCUUAGGCUGUUUUCUCCUGCACUUCCCUGACUGACUCUGCUUGCUGGUCUGCCUUUGUUUUCCUUUUUAAAACACUUGUUGACAAAUGUGCCUUUGCUUUAAAAAGGCCUCGGUGGUGUUAUUUUAACAAGCUUGUUUCGAGGGGGACGGCAGAGAAACCAAUCCACAAUAUUGCUGAUCUUAACAUCGGGGUGUUAAAUGACAAAUGCUUAUAAUAAACAAAAUAUAUAUUCAGUCUUAAAAUUAACUGUGCAGUGUGAGUUUGAGUGCUCCUUUUUGAUAAAUGUCUUUGGAAAAUCAGUUCUGUGCGUUUCAAGGCAAAGCUGGUGGAGUGCCGCAGAGCAGAUACACUAUAUUGUCUGUUUGGUAGAUUCUUGUACACUUAAGUAAGAUCAAUGUACAAAUAUUUGUGUCUAAAGUCAACCACUUUUGGUUAUACUAUUACAAUGAACAAGUUGGAUAUUUUAGGAAGAACUAAUUUUGGGCCAGUUUGCUCUCGUUCCAAUUGAAUGGCUUGUACUGUUUGUAGUCCCCCGCCCACCUGUGUGGACAUGCUUGAUUACAACGUGAUGUGUCAUGUCCACACAGUGACAGUAGUCUAGUGUUUAGCAGGAACUUAGUGCAGUACUUUAGGACUCUUUUCAAACCGCAUCUAACACAUUUCCUGCAAGUUCUAACCCUACUGUAAAGUGUGAGGAGACCAAUCAAGUUGAUGAAGAGUGCAGCAUCAAACGAGCCAUUUUCUCAGUCACUGGUUUGUAAAUCAAAGCGAUGUUCAAAAUAAAACCUGCUGUAAACUAUCAACAA